AGAAACGAUAGAUGUCAUGGCAUGGAGAUCAAAAGCAAAGAUGAGCCACAGCUCACGCACAUAUUCUUCGCACCUGACCCCAAUGUGCAUCCACAUUCGAAGACAAAGUGAAAGCCCACCCAAAUCGAGAUGGCAUCUUUGACGAUGAUAAUUAGAUGCCCAAGACGGGCACCAACCCGGUGAUUUCCCAGAUGCAGUUCCAGUUCCCCUCCGAUUCAAUCAUCAUCCCUCUUGCCAUCGUCCCCCAUGGAUUCCAAGCCGCGACUGAAAUGGACUUCUCAGCUUCAUCAACUCUUCGUCGACGCCGUCUCUCAGCUCGGCGGAGUCGAUAAAGCUACACCCAAGUACGUGAUGCGUGUAAUGGGAGUUCCCGGACUUACUCUGCACCACCUGAAGAGCCAUCUGCAGAAAUAUAGACUAGCGAAGAAUCGAGAAUCGAGCAUUCUCCGCGGUAACAGGCGACGAGAUGCCAAGGUCACGCACCAGUGGACUUCGGAGGACGCAACCACCCAGGACGAGGCGAACGAAGCACCACCGCAGUGCGAAACCACGUUAAAGAUGCAGAUGGAGGUCCAGAGAAAGCUGCAGGAACAGAUCGAGGUGCAGAGACACUUGCAGCUCCGGAUCGAAGCCCAGGGGAAGUACUUGCAGUCGGUGUUGAAGAAAGCCCAGGAAGCACUUGCUGGAUACAGCUCGAGUGCCAUCGGAAUCGAAGCUGUCAGGACCGAGCUCUCGGAGUUAGUCUCGGCUAUGGACACGGAAUGCCUGAGCUCCUCCAUCUCCCCUGGUGAUAGCUCCGCGGAGAGUUGCUUAACUUGUGGCGAUGUGAUGGAGACGAAAGAAGGGAACUCGUUAAAGCAAGACGACAACUCGUCUGCACUCCAUCGGAGCCAGGAAUCCGAUGAGUUCAGUCAGAAGACGACGAAGAGAAUGCAGAACGAUGUGCACGACGAUCUUUGCAGAGCCAAGAGAAGCUGCCGACGGAGUAGCUUUACCAUACAAGAAGAGCUUGACCUGAACAUAUAGAAAUCGCAUGAUGUGUAAUAAGCUUUACUCUCUAGUAUGCUAGCUGAUAGCUAUGUUUCGAACACAUCUAUUUUCGCUCUGAGGAAUGAAAACUAAGAAACUCUCAA